AUGAUAAAACAAUUUCACGAUGAGGAUUUUAUUGAAGAGCUAAAAUCAUUAUCUGUUGAAACUAAAGAUCAUGAAGCGAUUUCACAGGCUUUAUUUGGACAAAUUAUGAACAUUUUAAAUGAAGUUUUGGAGGUUAAUGAUAAUUUUAAAUCUUAUACGAAUGAUGUCAAAGAGAUAAUCGAUCAGCUAGAAGUUGAAUUGAAAGAUGCUGAAAAUAAAGAACAAGAAGUGUUAAAUUUAUAUCGUAAAAUUAAACCAAAACUCUGGAAAAGAGCCCUUAAAUUUGGAUCGACUGGUUUGGGAACGUUUAUAUCACCAGAAAUGGCAAUUUAUUAUGCAAUUGCUGCAAUUUUGUUUUUAUUAGAAGAUUGUAACAGAUGUAAAAAUGCAACAAAACAAUUAAUCUUAGCCAAUGUUGCAACUGAAUUAAUCAAAAAUAAACAAGAAUUAAAAGAUGAAAAAGCUGGAUCAAUCAAAGAUUUAUCAGUCCUUAUUGAAGCACUCUCAGAGAUUUCUGCAUCACUUACUAAAUACUACAAGAAAAGGAAAUAG